GAUGAGCUGGAUUAAGGAAGCAAUUGAAUUGGUGACGCACAAACUUUAUCUCCUGGCUUUUGGAAGUCCGCUUGGACCUUCUCCUAGGAAGGAAAAACAGAGCUUUUAAAACUCUCUUCAAUACAAUGACUCCGAGUUAAACCUCCAAUUCAAGGGAAAAGUAUAAGACUGGACACAUCCAACAAACUUUUCCUCCAUUUGUUUAGGUGAUUCCAAGCAAUUCAUGAGCACAAAUCAAAACCACCCAGAGGUCAUCUCUCUUCAAUAACCUAUAAAGGAGAGAUCUUUAGAAAGCCAAACCACAACCAACAACCAGCUCUCUCUCUCUCUCUCUCUCUGUCUCUCUCUCUCUCAAAUGGCUAAUCACGCAUUGAAUCCAAGCUCAGACGAUCCCAAAGCACCACUCCUCCCCCUCCAUGAGCCUCCAGAGAGCUCCCACCACACUCCCAAAUCAAUUCUCACCUCCAAAACGCUCUCCAUUAUCUCGGGCCCUCUAGUAUGCAUGCUCAUAUUCUUCUUUGUCGACCUCAAUGGAAAGCAUGCAAGCCGAAACAUGCUCGCCGUCCUCUCAUGGGUGUUCUUGUGGUGGCUCACGGAAGCCGUCCCUAUGGCUGUCACGUCCAUGUCUCCUCUCUUCCUCUUCCCCAUCUUCGGGAUCGCCUCGGCCGACGAUGUUGCGAAGUCUUACAUGGAUGAUAUCAUCUCUCUCGUGCUCGGCAGCUUCAUAUUGGCAUUGGCCGUCGAGCACUACAACAUCCACCGCCGGCUAGCUCUGAAAAUAACCUCAUUGUUCUGUGGAGACCCUCUGAAACCACCAUUACUUCUACUCGGGAUCUGCGGCACCACUGCGUUCGUGAGCAUGUGGAUGCAUAACACCGCAGCAGCAAUGAUGAUGAUCCCGGUGGCCACCGGAGUGCUGCAGAGGCUCCCCGACGGGGACUCGGUCCACCCGGACGUCAGGCGGUUCUGCAAGGCAGUGAUACUUGGAGUAAUCUAUUCGGCAGCGAUCGGAGGAAUGAGCACCUUGACGGGAACAGGAGUUAAUCUCAUCUUGGUGGGGAUGUGGGAGAGCUACUACCCUCAGGAGAAGCCCAUCAGCUUCAGCUCUUGGUUCCUUUUUGGGUUCCCUCUGGCUCUAGUCCUCUUCUUUGCCCUGUGGGGUAUCCUCUGUCUUCUCUACUGUUCAAAGAAUUCAGCGAAGGCACUUUCUGCUUACAUGGAUAGAGCUCACCUGAAGAGGGAGCUUGAGCUACUAGGUCCUAUGGCUUUUGCUGAGAAGAUGGUUUUAACCGUGUUCGGAUUGCUCGUAGUUCUAUGGAUGACAAGAAGCCUAACAAAUGAUGUCCCCGGAUGGGGGGCUCUGUUUCAGGAUCGUGUGGGUGAUGGAAGUGUCAGCGUGAUGAUGGCAACCUUAUUAUUCAUAAUUCCAAACAAAAAGAACGAGGGAGAGAAGCUAAUGGACUGGAACAAGUGCAAGAAGCUCCAGUGGAACAUCAUUCUCCUCCUCGGUGCAGGUUUUGCAAUUGCCCAAGGUGUUCAAACUAGCGGCCUUGCUGAUGUGAUCUCUGCAAACUUGGACUUCCUCGAGACCGCCCCAUCCUUGGCAAUUGCACCACUGGUUUGUCUAGUGAGUGGGACGAUUACAGAAUUCGCAUCGAACAAUGCUACGACCACACUUGUACUCCCUCUUCUCGUCGAGCUAGCUCAGUCCAUGAGGGUACACCCUCUCCUCCUGAUGGUCCCAGGAGCCAUUGGAGCUCAGUUUGCAUUCCUUCUCCCCACAGGCACUCCUUCAAACAUUGUGGGGUUUACAACCGGGCACAUCGAUAUUAAGGAUAUGAUCAAGACCGGAGUGCCGCUAAAGAUUGUCGGCAUUGGUGUGCUAUCCCUGCUGAUGCCUACUUUGGGGACACUUGUUUUCGAGACCAACAAACAAGGAUGAGAACAAUGCCAAGCUCGAUUCUCUUUCAUGGUGCCACUUCAUGCACGUCCAUGGCAGAUGAAGCUGUUAGUUCUAUGAAGAGCCCUUUGCUGUAAUCUAUUCCUUCUUCUUAGGAAAACAGUAGUUAUAACUUACAUGUCCAGAGUUCCUAGAUCUCCUUGAGUGGAAGUGGGGGCUUGCUCUGUUGGAAUAUUUCAACAAUUUUUAUGCAUCAGCCAAGGAGCAUUAAUAUUUUGCUUCUGUACAUUUGUGUCUUAUCCAUUUUGAAUUAAACAAGUGGUGGUUAAUUAACUACCUUGUUAAA